UCUUCAGGGAUGUCUUGAGUCAGGUCCUCUCUCCCCACCCACGUUUUGGAAACAAUGACGUUGGCCAAUCAACAGCACUUGUACAGAAAGUUUGAGGAAUUGGUGUCAGAUCUGGGGACUCAGCAGUGAGUUUGUGGGCGCUCGGAGUUCGGUCAGUUUCAGGUGAGGGUUCUGUCAGUUUCAGGUGCAUUCCGGAAGGAGAUCGCCGUUCGCCUCUCACUAUCUGCUGGGUGCGAGCAUGGGUUCCAGCGGUGGAUCAGAGCUACUUCUACCUCUCAGCGAGAGACUCCGUUUACCCGUAGAACAGGUAAAUUUUGCAAUGUGCCAACUGUUUGGAUUGUUCGCAGCUUUUUUAUUUCGUAACUACCUCCAUCCGAGCAAGACCAACCAUAUCAUCAGGCAUGUGGUAGCCACCCUCUUGGGUCUUCACUUUGCAUUCUUCUGCUUUGGAAGAUACACGGUUUACUUUGUGGGAGAAGUAAUUCUAUUGUAUUGUGUUAUGGUGACCGUGCAUAUAAAACAAAUUCACAAGUACAGUUUCCUGAUAGCAAUGGCCUAUCUGACCAUGUGUCAGAUCAUCCGAGUUUAUUGGUUUGCUGGUGAAGAACGGUCUGCUGACUUCUCAGGGCCAUUGAUGGUGAUUACACAGAAAGUCACAAAAUUGGCAUUUGAACUUCAUGAUGGUCUGGCCCGAGACGAAAGUGAACUGAACGCGUCUCAGAAACGGUUAGCGGUGAGGCAAAUACCAAGAAUCCUUGAGUAUUUGAGCUACAAUCUGAACUUCAUGGGUAUCCUUGCAGGACCUCUGAAUUCUUACAAUGAUUACAUCAGCUUCAUUGAGGGCAGAAACUUUGUUGUAAAGAACCAUCUUGCCAAAGAGAAGAAAAGCGAUCAGUGGCCUCCAAAUGAACCUUCAUCUCUGGGUGCUGUGGGAUGCAAGAUCCUGAUCUGCAGUGUUUGCGUAUUUAUGCAUCUGUAUUUAUUAGAUGUAUUUCCUAUCUCCUACAACACUGAUAACACCUUCAUUGCCACAGCAUCGAUCCCUGUACGCUUACUGUAUCUCUACAUUUCCACCCUGGCUUGCAGACCCAAGUAUUACUUUGCCUGGACUAUAGCUGAUGCUGUCAAUAAUGCUGCAGGGUUUGGAUUCACUGGGUACGACAGUCGAGGUAAGCCUCGCUGGGACUUGUUCUCCAAUCUUAACAUCGUCAAGGUGGAGUUUGCAACAAGCAUGAAGAUGUUUAUUGACAAUUGGAACAUACAAACAGCUCUGUGGCUGAAAGAAGUCUGCUAUGAUAGAUGUCCAUUCAAUCCAACAUUGUCGACAUUCCUUCUAUCUGCAAUAUGGCAUGGAGUUUUCCCUGGCUACUACUUCACCUUCAUCACUGGGACAUUCAUGACACUAGCAGCGAGAGCAGUUAGAAAUAAUUUGAGGCCUUACUUCCUCGUUUCACCAACUUGCAAGACAUUCUAUGAUGUGAUGACAUGGGCAACAACACAGGUGGUUGUGAGUUACACUGUGGUACCAUUUGUCCUUCCGUUUCUGAGCUCAUCAUUCAAGUUUUACAGGACUUGGUACUUCAGUUUGCAUAUCAUCGCCGUCGUUCUAAUCCUGGUGUUGCCGAAAAAACCAAAGAGUACACCAAGGGAACCACAGAAAUUCCAAAUGACAAAGCAAUCUAUGAUAUUGCACCAUUGUAAUGGGCAACAGAACAGAAGAGUUCUUGUGGACACCAACCAAAACCAUCCAACAAGGAUUGACUAAUGGAGAAAGAGAAAGUUAGAACUUAAUAAGGGCAGAAGCAGAACACUUGACGGGUUAUUUUACACAAAACAAGCUGCCAAAGAAGUUUUGUUUCUGAAUGCCUCUCAUCUUUUUUGCAAUGUCAUAGAAAUCUCCUCCUGGAUUCUAUAUUAACCGAAGAAAGUGGAUUUUGCCAUGAAAGAUCAAGUGUGCUACAAUCAAACCUUUGUGGGAGCAUUUUAAACCCCUGGUCCCAUGACACGGGAGGAUCAUUGAGGGGAGGAGGGGGAUGAAAUUACCUCAGUUGCAAACCCGAAUCCAAUGGGCAGUUCUCACAUAUCUGUUCCUGUUUUAACUGCUGUCAAUGUCAGAGUUCCCAGGUGAGCCAUUCUUUCAUGACCACAUUCAAAUAGGGCUCCCAGCCUUAUACUUUGGCAGUGAUUUUAAAUCAACACCUCCUGUAUGGUCUUCCCAAGAUUUGGGAAACUUAGUAGUUUAAAGGAGGCAAGAGCGGUUGAAUUCAGGAGGGACCAGAUUUGAAGUGAGGGGAAAGGAUUUGUUUGCCAUUACAUCUUGUUUUCUCACCAGGAGCUGGUCAAUUUCAUGAGUAUGCUUCCCUACCCACUCACUGUCUCCCUAUAUGUAUUAAGACCCAUGACUCUCUUGGAUCUUUGAUUAUAAUAUCUAAGUGCUUUACUUGCAUUCCGCUGCCCUCCUGGAAAAACUAUACACCUGCGGUUACACCUUAAAUAACUAUCAGGCUAAAACUUUUAAAAUAUAGUACUGCUUUGCCUUACACAUCCUUCAUCAAGGGUACAAAAGCAAGGAAGAUAUACGAAAAGUUCAUAAAGCACUAGUUCAGACCCUACUGGAGUAUUGUGUCCUGUUCUGAGCACAAACGUUUGGUUAAAAUGGAGUCCUAGAGAAAUUUCUUUGCUCAAACAAUGUGGAACUCACUAAC